AUGCUUCAACGUACCAAGUAUAACCGCUUCAGGAAUGAUUCAGUGACAUCAGUUGAUGAUCUUAUUCACAAUUUGUCCAUGAACAGCAAGGUCUCAGCAGUUGCAACGACUUCAACAGCACCUUCGUACCUGGUCUCGCCAGACGUUCUCCGCAAGGACCAAGAAGAUGGACCCACCACCCUGUGUACCCUCAUCCAUAAAGUGUCCCACUUGAAACUCUCUAACACGGGCAGCCUUUUGGGUAUCAAAACCCUCUCCUCUGCAGUAAAGGAGCUUGCUGUCUCCAAGUUGCAGGGAAGCUCGAGUGCUUCCAGCUCAGCAGCAGGGGCUUCAGACAACACAUGUAACCUUGUCUCUGCCACUUCGUGUUCUCAGCAGGACGUGAGCAAGAUGAGUAUGGGGAAAAAACCACAGUCAGAGGAAAUGCACCCAGGAGGUGAAGACUGGAAUCAAAGUAGCAGCUUUGUCAAUAAACCCUCUCGAGGAUGGCUGCACUCGAGUGAGAAGAUCCUGGGACCUGGUGUGACGUACAUUGUGAAGUACUUGGGGUGUAUAGAAGUCUUACGCUCAAUGAGAUCUCUUGACUUCAGUACUAGAACACAGAUUGCAAGGGAAGCAAUCAGUCGUGUUUGUGAAGCUGUGCCUGGUGCCAAAGGAGCCUUCAAGAAACGAAAGCCACCAAGCAAAGUUCUUUCUAGCAUCUUGGGAAAGAGCAAUCUUCAGUUUGCAGGAAUGAGCAUAAUACUGAAUAUCUCCACCACCAGCUUAAACCUAAUGACUCCUGAUACAAAACAGAUCAUAGCAAAUCACCAUAUGCAAUCUAUUUCCUUUGCGUCUGGAGGUGAUCCGGAUACAACUGACUAUGUUGCAUAUGUAGCUAAGGAUCCUGUUAAUCGGAGAG